AUGGAGGCCCUGCAGAGGCAGCAGGCAGCAAGGCUGGCCCAAGGGGUGGGGCCUUUGGCCCCUCCACGCCUACCGCUUCCACAGCCUCCCCUGCUUGGCGCCCGGACCCUACAGGCUGAGGGAGCCUUGGGGGUGGUUAGGGCUGAAGAAGAGGAGGACGUUGAAGAAGAUGAGGAGGGAGAGGCACCCUUAGCAGAACAGGAGGCAGCUGAGGAGAGCCAUCCAGGAGCCCGGUGUCCCAACUCACCUUCCAACCAGCCCCCUGGACUCCAACCACACGAGUGGACCUAUGAGGAACAGUUCAAGCAGCUGUAUGAACUCGAUGCGGACCCCAAGAGGAAGGAAUUUCUGGAUGACCUGUUUAGCUUCAUGCAGAAGAGGGAGGAGACUGGGGUUCCACCCCCUCGUCUGGCACUACCUGUGGGCUUAGCCUUGGAGGCUGCACGGGAGAAGCUGGCACCAGAAGAGCCUCCAGAGAAGAGGGCUGUGUUGAUGGGCUCCAUGGACCCACCCCGGCUGGGUGCACCCCCCAGUUUCCUGCCCCGUGGCAAGGUUCCUCUAAGGGAAGAGCGAUUGGAUGGGCCCCUCAACCUGGCAGGCAGUGGCAUCAGCAGUAUCAACAUGGCACUAGAGAUCAAUGGGGUGGUCUACACUGGUAUCCUCUUUGCUCGCCGCCAGCCUGUGCCAGCUUCCUUGGGCCCAACCAAUCCUCCUCCACCCUCUACAGGGCCCCCUUCCAGCACCUUGCCCUGAAAGCAGCUAUUGAGAGUUAAGAGUUCCAGUAGCAUUACAGGAGGGAGAAGGUACCCUCCCACCUUGCUUCUUUCAGGAUGUGAUGCCCCCUCUGGGAUCCAGUCCUGGGAGAUGACAGCAUGCCACCUCCACACCAAAGGGAUUUCUUAUGUAUUCCAUCUACCUCAUUGUAAAAGGAGGACACCACCUCCACAGCUGAUUCCAGCAGCAUCUACCAAAGAGUUCUUCCCCCAGUAACCCCUGUCAUCUCCUCAUGUGACCCCUAUGUCAAUGUCAUCUUUGGUACCCCACCUCUUUGAGUCAGCUCUGCUGAAUGUGAAGAUGUCCCUUUAAGUCGCAUCUGGAAAAUAAAGUUGCAUUUCC